AUGGACACACAGAGCCACCGACUCCGGCGUCUGGCCCUGGCGCGCGGCCUCCGGGCAAGCCCCGCGGAGGCUGCCGCCGCUGGGGCCGUUGAGAUGGCAACUGCCAUCCUCGGGGAGGUGACGCAGAUGAAGAAGACAAAGGCUGCCGCAGCGGCUGGGGAUGAGGAUCCCAUCCACGCCAUGCUGGAGCUCGGAGUCUUCUUGUUGGCCAGCCUAGUCAAGGAUGCGCGGUCGGCCACACUGCCCAAACUGGGCGGGGCUGACUUCCAGGAAGCCGCCAGACACGUGUGGGACAACAAGCAAGAUCAUCCCCAGAUCAUCGCUGCACUUUGUUACGUGUUGCAGGCGCUGUCCUUGAAGCUGACAAAGUGGCAGGUCCAGCUCAGCGAUGGCGGAGAGUGGUCCGACUUGGCAGCGGAGCAGCAGCUGGCCUUGCGCAAAGCCACUGAAAAAGGCGAGAAAGUGGUGCACUUCCGUGCCCGCGGCUUCCCCUACGAGAUCGACCUGAAAGAGAUGACCCAGAAGAACCUCAAGACCGGCACGAGCCGGACCAUCCAGGAGGUGGAGGUCUCGAUUGGUGCCCUGGCCGGGGAUGCUGGGGGUGAGGAGGAGGUGGAAGCCGAGAAGCCCUACAAGUGGCAGGUCUCCAACGGCAAAGGUGGCUGGUGGGACUUCCCUGAGGAUGUGGACACCAAGUUGAAGGAAGCGAGAGCAGCCGGCAUCUCCGUGGUCAAAUGCACGAUCAGGGGCCAGCAUUACGAAGUGGACAUCGUGAACAUGCACCAGAAGAACUGCAAAGUCGGUACGCGCCGUGAGAUCCGAACUCUCGAGCUGUAG